GACGUCUAGUUACAAUUCUUGCUUUAGUCGACUCGGUCGUGGAAACACGUAUAGGACUCAAGCUAAGAAAAAUAUUACAAAGACAUAGCAGCAUGGCUGAACAAGACACAAACGGAGCGGCGAAAAGAAGGGGAUCUAAAGGGGAGCGACGCCGUAGCCGACCUGACGAUGCUAAGGACGAAAUAAAGAAAUUUAAAGAGAACCUACUACAAUCUCUCACCCCUGGCGAUUCUAUUAUAUCGGAGAAUGGGAACGACUUAACUGUCCCCCAGCAACCGAGAUCGCGCUCGGCUUCCAAAGCGAGGGAAGCUCUGUGUUUGCCAGCGAAUGUCCAAGCCGAACUCGACGAUAAUAAAAUUUUUGAACUGAAAGAGGCAUUUUUACUGUUUGAUAUGGAUGGCGAUGGGUGUAUCGACUUCAGUGAUCUUCGCGCUACAUUGGUCAGCCUUGGAGACAAAAUUGAUGAGAAUGCUAUCCGCAACAUGCUUGCUGAGGCACCAAAUCCUUUAGAUUUCGACGGCUUCGUCAAUCUGCUUGGGUAUAGAACUCUGGAGUUGGAUUCAGAAGAAACACUUUUGUCGGCGCUGUCUCGAUGGGACAAGAACAAUAGUGGAUUAAUCUCUGAAGAAAGGAUUAGACACGACCUCAUGACCUUUGGAGACAAGUUCACAGCCAAAGAAGCAGACUACGCCUUAGACGAAGCACCUAUGAUUGUACAAGACGACGGUUCAACUAUGAUCGACUACGUAAAGUUUUGUCGAAAACUUGCCGGGUUGAGGAAGCCGACCAAAAUUGAGGUCAAGUGAGGGAAAAAUUGAAGCCUUUUUA